AUGGCUAAUUUUACUACAAUGAAUGGAUUUCUUCUCAUGGGGUUUUCUGCCAAGCCUGAGCUAGAAAUCUUAUGUGCUUCUCUGUUCUUAGUCUCAUACUUAGUGGCUUUAACUGGAAAUAUUCUCAUUAUCACUGCAACUUCUAUGGACGACAGUCUUUACUCACCUAUGUAUUUUUUCCUGAAACAUCUCUCCUUCUUAGAUCUAUGCUAUAUUUCUGUGACUGUACCAAGGUACAUUUGCAACUCUUUCAUGCACAAUGGCAAUAUUUCCCUCUGGGAAUGCAUAUUACAGUGUUUUGCUUUCACUCUCUGUGGUUGUGCUGAGAUGGUCAUGCUCACAGUGAUGUCCUAUGACCGCUAUGUGGCCAUCUGCCUCCCACUGCACUAUGAAAUCAUCAUGAAUUUUAAUACCUGUAUUCAUGGAAUCUUGGCUGUCUGGAUCAGUGGGGUCAUCUCUGGAGUCAUGCACACAGCUGCUACUUUCUCCAUCCACUUCUGUGGUACCAAAAUUAUUCACCAGUUCUUCUGUGAUGUCCCCCAGAUCCUGAAACUCUCUUGUUCUAACGAGUAUGUCAGUGAGCUUGGGGUUAUUGUCUUUCUGUCGUUGGUGGCAUUUCUUUGCUUCAUCUGCAUUGGGCUCUCUUACAUGCACAUAUUCUCUACUGUGCUGCAGAUCCCAUCUGCUGAAGGCAGAGCCAAGGCCUUUUCCACUUGCAUGCCACACCUGUCUGUUGUCAUAUUGUUUAUCUCCACUGGUGUCUUUGCAUUUCUAAAGCCACAUUCUGACUCUCCAACUGCAUUAGACUUUUUGCUCAGUGUUUUUUAUACUGUUCUGCCUCCAACACUCAACCCUAUGAUCUACAGCCUCAGAAACAAAGCUAUGAAGACAGCUCUAAGAAAAGUUUUUAAAAGAAGAAAAGCCUACUUCUUUUGCUGA